UUUCUUAGUUAACUCUGAUACUCUUGGAAAAGGCCAAUCACUAGGAAAUGCAGCAAAAAUAAAUAAGAAGCCUAACACGGGGCAUGAGAACAAGGAGCCACCUUAUGCUGUGGCCAGCAGAGGCUCUCCAACAUUUCAUCAGCAGGAUUCCAGCCAACCUCUGAAGCUCACUUUUAUAAAGCCAGCCCCAGGCGGCCCGGAGCAAGAUGUGGCCGUGCACUCUACCUGCUCCAUAGCUGCUGCAGAGGGGCUGGCACAGGGGCCAGCAGGCUUGCUCUAGAGCCAUGGCAAAGAACGGACUUAUAAUUUGCUUCCUGGUGAUUACCUUACUCCUGGACCAGACCACCAGCCUCCCGUCCAAAUUAAAAGCCAGGAAGCACAGCAAACGCCGAGUGAAAGAAAAGGAUGGCGACCUGAAGACUCAAGUUGAAAAGCUCUGGAGAGAAGUCAAUGCCCUGAAGGAAAUGCAAGCCCUGCAGACAGUCUGUCUCCGAGGAACAAAAGUUCACAAGAAAUGCUACCUUGCUUCAGAUGCCUUAAAGCAUUUCCACGAAGCCAAUGAAGACUGCAUUUCCAAGGGAGGGACCCUGGUUAUCCCCAGGAAUUCCGACGAAAUCAACGCCCUCCGAGACUAUGGUAAAAGUAGCCUGCCAGGUGUCAAUGACUUUUGGCUGGGCAUCAACGACAUGGUCACAGAAGGCAAGUUUGUUGAUGUCAAUGGAGUUGCUGUCUCCUUCCUCAACUGGGACCGUGCGCAGCCUAACGGUGGCAAGCGGGAAAACUGUGUCCUGUUCUCCCAAUCCGCUCAAGGCAAGUGGAGUGAUGAGGCCUGCCGCAGCAGCAAGAAGUACAUUUGCGAGUUUACCAUCCCUUCGUAGACCCUUCUGGAAUGCGUCUUCCAAGCAACAUCGGUCAUGGUUGAUAGGGUGAUAGUCCCCCCAAAUAAGUAAAAAUUGUAAUUGCAAAAUUGCAACACAGGAGUCAAUGGCAAUACAACAGAGUCAGCCAAUUUUGAUAACACAUUUCAUUGUGAUUUUGCCCUCCAUGGGGUAUAGGGCAAAGGGCAUCAGAAUAUAAUGAUCUGGCCAUAUGCACACUGUUAAAGUGACUUCUACAAAGGGGGUAUCAAAUCCUUCUCUCCUUUCUACUCCCUCUUAACUUGUAUAGACCCAAUCUAUUAAAAAAAUCAAAAAACACAAUCGCAUGCAUUUUUUGAAUCCAGAAAAGCAAGCUUAGGCUACAUGGAAGAUUUUGCCUUGAAUGUUUAGUAUAUAUUUGAUUGAUGAGAAUCUCCUAAGUUAGAGAUUCUAGGUGCUAUAUAAUCCAAAAAUGUUUCAGCCUGAUGCUCAAUGCAUUCCAUCCUGACAAUAACACCUUGUCAGCCCAUUGUUUUCCUUUGAGUUGCUGUAUCUCCUGGUGGAGCUCAUACCUGCCUAUCAGAACACAAAUGUCCAGCAAGGUCCUGAUUUAACUUCUUUUCCUCAAGUCCCUGCCUGACCCUUUGUGGAAGUUUCUAGUCAAGAUUUGAAAGGAAAUGACAAGGCAACAUAUUUGAUCAAUUUCCAUUCCCAGCAUUACAUUACAACUUCCGACUUAAAUGGGUAAGUCUAAGGCAGACCAAGAGCAGAAGACUCUGUGGGAAAAGAAAGUAGAAAAGAAAAUCUAUAUUUCUUUUGCUUUGGUGUUUGUACUCUCUCCCUCUGUGAAAUUGAGGGUGGACUUUAUACAUGUUGGUUUCCUUUUUUGACAUUCCUUAUACACAUAUAUAUUUUUCAACCAUCAUUAUAUAUUUAAGUCUAUUAGGGGCAACCUAUCUUUGAAAGUUGAAAAUUUUAUUUAAAUAACAUUAUUUUGGAGUCACACAACUAUAUGAUUUUUUUAUUCUGCCAAAUGCUACCCCCGAUAAAUUGUUUAACUGGAUUGUAUGAAAUAACUUCAUCGCUUAAUAUUAAAUUACAAAGUUUAGGCUUGGGGGAAAAUGAGCUUUUUAGAAGCAAAAAAUUCUAAAUAUAUUUUGUUCCUCAAAUAAAUAUAUUUCUUUUUUCUUUAAAUGUUGAGUGUGUUUUGU